AUGGCUUUAUCAACUUACUCGUAUCCUAUAAAAGGAAUUUUCUUUUUUAUUAGUAAUUGGAGUUUAGUUCGAAGAGUCUUACUUGUAUUAGUGGUUAUAUUUUUUGUAGCUUUGGCAAUAAUAGGAUUUUCAUUUGGAUUCCUUUUAAAAGUUCAAGCCACCGCAUUAAUAAAUGCAAAUUGUCCAGCUUGGUUGGCUUGGAUAGUUUCCGUCAUUUUUUGUCUGAUCGAAAGUGCGAUAUCCACAAUCAUCAUUUACCUGAUCAUUACACCUAUAUGGCAAGAUGCUUUAUUCGAUGAUGUCUUGAGAUUAAAAGGUGUUGGUCAUGUGUUGGAUAAAGAUGGAAAAAAAUCAACAUCUGACUUAUUAGCAUGUUGUCGUGGAAUUUGUUCAGGACUUGAGAUUAAAGGAUGGAGUGUAAAUCAAUCCAGAGCAUUUGCAUGGAAGAAUAAAGGAAGUUAUAUUAGGUUUGGUGCAAUGGCUGUAGCACUUGAAUUAAUACCAAUAGCUAAUUUUUUAUUUUUUUGGACAAACGUUGUUGGUGCUGCUUUAUGGACUGCUGAUAGAGCGGCAGCAUCAGAAGUUAAUGAUGAUUCAAGUAAUUUGAUUGAUGAUGAUAAUAAUAAUCAAUCUUUUUCUUCAACAUUGCCAUAUCAAUCUAAUAUGCAAACGAAAAUUAAUAAAAAAAAAUAA